GCGGACGUUUCACGACGGGGGGAGGUGCUGCGCGUCCAAGAUGGCGGCGCCCUGUAGGCUGGAGGGACUGUGAGCGACCAUGAGGGACACCAGGUUGGCAGCCCUGGAAGCUGAAGCACCGAUUGUCCACAGAGCAGUCUACUCGUGGCCCCAGUGAAGAGCCUGCGGAGCCUUUAAUGCAGUCCUGGAGCCGGCGCAGCGUGUGCGAGCGAGAGCAUGGCUCAACCAGCGAAUGUCGGGGAACUCCUCUCCAUGCUGGACUCCCCCUUGCUGGCUGUGCGAGACGACGUGACAGCUGUCUUUAAAGAGAACCUCAAUUCUGAUCGUGGCCCUAUGCUUGUAAACGCCUUGGUGGAUUAUUACCUGGAAACCAGUUCUCAGCCGGUUUUGCACAUCCUGACUACCUUGCAGGAGCCGCACGACAAGCACCUCUUGGACAAGAUUAAUGAAUACGUGGGCAAAGCCGCCACCCGCCUCUCCAUCCUCUCGUUACUGGGGCACGUCAUCAGACUGCAGCCGUCCUGGAAGCAUAAGCUCUCUCAAGCCCCUCUGCUGCCUUCGUUACUAAAAUGUCUCAAGAUGGAUACCGACGUCGUCGUCCUCACAACAGGCGUCCUGGUGUUGAUAACCAUGCUGCCGAUGAUCCCACAGUCGGGGAAACAGCACCUUCUUGACUUCUUUGAUAUUUUUGGCCGUCUUUCAUCAUGGUGCCUGAAGAAACCAGGCCACGUGACAGAAAUCUACCUGGUCCACCUCCACGCCAGCGUUUAUGCUCUCUUUCAUCGUCUCUACGGAAUGUACCCUUGCAACUUCGUCUCCUUUCUGCGUUCUCACUACAGUAUGAAGGAAAACUUGGAGACUUUUGAAGAGGUGGUCAAGCCGAUGAUGGAGCACGUGCGAAUUCAUCCGGAGUUAGUGACUGGAUCCAAGGACCAUGAACUGGACCCUCGAAGGUGGAGGAGAUUAGAGACUCAUGAUGUCGUAAUAGAGUGCGCCAAAAUCUCCCUGGACCCUUCGGAAGCCCCCUAUGAAGACGGCUGUUCUGUGGCUCACCAGCUGUCUGCCCGGUUCCCUCACCGGUCCGCUGAUGUCACCCCCAGCCCCUACGUGGACACACAGAAUAGCUAUGGGAGUGCCACUUCUACCCCGUAUUCCUCUUCUCGGCUGACGUUAAAUACGCCAGGGCAGCUACCUCAGACUCUGAGUUCCCCGUCGACACGGCUGUUAACUGAGCCGCCGCAAGCCACUCUUUGGAGCCCAUCCAUGGUUUGUGGUAUGACCACUCCUCCGACGUCGCCUGGAAAUGUCCCAGCUGACUUAUCACACCCUUACAGUAAAGUAUUUGGUACAGCUGGUGGAAAAGGAACUCCUUUGGGAACCCCAGCAACCUCGCCACCUCCAGCCCCCCUCUACCACUCGGAUGACAUUUCACUCCCCCCGGCCACAGCCACAGCCCCCAGGAAGGAAGAGGGGACAGACCCCGCGAGGCCGUGUCUGCACAGACAGCACCACCUUCCGAAUGACAGAGCACCAGAAGAGCUACCUAGCAACAAAGGUUCUGUCACUCUGAGUGACCUCCCAGGGUUUUUAGGUGAUCUGGCUUCUGAAGAAGAUAGUAUUGAAAAGGACAGAGAAGAAGCUGCCAUAUGUAAGGAGCUUUCUGAGAUCACCACCGCAGAGGCCGAGCCUGUGGCUCCUCGAGGCGGCUUUGACUCUCCCUUCUACCGAGACAGCCUCCUGGGCGCUCAGCGCAAGACGCACGCGGCAGCCUCUGGUGCGCAGGGUGCCAGCACGAACCCUGAGCCUUUACACUCCUCCCUGGACAAGCUUGGGCCGGACACACCAAAGCAAGCCUUUACUCCCAUAGACCUACCCUGUGGCGGUGCCCGCGAAAGCCCCGCCGGGGACAGGGACCGCCAGACUUCUUUGGAGACCAAUAUCCUCACUCCCAGCCCUUGUAAAAUUCCACCUCAGAGGGGAGUGGGCUUUGGAAGUGGGCAGCCACCCCCGUACGAUCAUCUUUUUGAGGUGGCCUUGCCAAAGACUGCCCAUCAUUUUGUUAGCAAGAAGACCACGGAACUGUUAAAGAAAGCGAAAGGAAACCCCGAGGAAGACUCUGUGCCCUCUGCCUCCCCAGUGGAAAUACUGGACAGGCUGCUACAGCAGGGAGCGGACGCCCACGGCAAGGAGCUGAGCAGGUUGUCCUUACCCAGCAAGUCCGUCGACUGGACCCACUUUGGAGGCUCUCCUCCCUCAGACGAGAUCGGCGCCCUCCGAGACCAGCUGCUCUUACUGCACAACCAGCUCCUGUACGAGCGCUUCCAGAGGCAACAGCACGCUCUCCGCAACCGGCGGCUGCUGCGCAAGGUGAUCCACACGGCGGCCCUGGAGGAGCACAACGCCGCCAUGAAAGAUCAGUUGAAACUACAAGAGAAAGACAUCCAGAUAUGGAAGCUUAGUCUGCAGAAAGAACAAGCCAGAUACAGUCAGCUCCAGGAACAGCGGGACUCGGUGGUGACCCAGCUCCACAGCCAGAUCAGACAGCUGCAACACGACCGCGAAGAAUUCUACAACCAGAGCCAGGAGUUACAGACGAAGCUGGAGGACUGCAGGAACAUGAUCGCAGAGCUGCGGGUGGAGCUGAAGAAGGCCAACAGCAAGGUGUGCCACACCGAGCUGCAGCUCAGCCAGGUCUCUCAGAAGCUCUCGAACAGCGAGUCGGUGCAGCAGCAGAUGGAGUUCCUGAACAGGCAGCUGCUGGUUCUCGGGGAGGUCAACGAGCUGUACUUGGAGCAGCUGCAGAGCAAGCACUCAGACACCAGCAAGGAAGUAGAAAUGAUGAAAGCUGCGUAUCGGAAAGAACUAGAAAAGAACAGAAACCACGUUCUCCAACAGACUCAGAGGCUCGAUACCUCCCAGAAACGGAUUUUGGAACUGGAAUCUCAUCUGGCCAAGAAAGACCACCUGCUUUUGGAACAAAAGAAAUAUUUAGAGGAUGUCAAACUGCAGGCAAGAGGACAGCUGCAAGCUGCCGAGAGCAGGUAUGAGGCCCAGAAAAGGAUUACCCAGGCGUUUGAGUUGGAGAUCUUGGACUUGUAUGGCCGAUUGGAGAAGGAUGGCCUUCUGAAAAAACUUGAAGAAGAGAAAACAGAAGCAGCUGAGGCAGCAGAAGAAAGGCUUGACUGUUGUAACGAUGGCUGCUCGGAUUCCACGGUAGGGCACAAUGAAGAGGCAUCUGGCCACAAUGGUGAGACCAAGACCCCCAGGCCUGGCGGCACCCGGGGCAGCGGUGGGAGCAGAGGAGGUGGAGGUGGCAGCAGCAGCAGCAGCAGCGAGCGUUCCACCCCCGAGAAACCCCCAACCCAGAGGGCGGGUCCGUUCAGCAGUCGCUGGGAAAACACCAUGGGAGAGCCCUCACCCAGCCUCCCGACUGUCGGCUCGCUUCCCAGCUCCAAAAGCUUCCUGGGCAUGAAGGCGCGCGAGUUGUUUCGUAAUAAGAGUGAGAGCCAGUGUGAUGAGGACGGGGUGACCAUCAGUAGCCUUUCUGAGACCUUGAAGACAGAACUGGGCAAAGACUCGGGUGUGGAAGCCAAGAUGCCCCUGACCCUCGAUGGCCCGCGCGCGUCUCCCGCAAACCCAGACAGUGUUGGACAGCUCCGUAUCAUGGACUACAACGAGGCUCAUCACGAACACAGCUAAGGGUGAGGGUCGCUCAGUGUUAACCUGCACAUUGUUGGUAGAACAGGCGGUGUGAACGCACGUCUCAAAGCUUUCCUGUUUCCGGGGUCUGAGUGGCGAGCUCCCACGGUGGAAAUGGGAUGGCGGAACGGUUUUUGGAUCUAGCGUUGAAAUGCCUCGUACCCUUCCCUGAACCCACUGGAGCCCCUUCCUCAUUCACCUGCCAGUGUGUACUAAUCUGAGGGCCGGUGUGCGCGCCUCAGUCACUUUAUUUUCUUCCUUCGCCCCCCAAACGGUUGCACCCUUUGAACCUGUGCAAUAUGAGGCCAAAUUUAAUCCUUGCAUCUAACCCCCCGUUCUGCUUUCCUGAGGCUCAGAGAACUGGGGUGGCUCAGACCAGGUAAGUCUGGUUCUGCCCUUCCAGGAUGUGGCCUGCAAAGCCGAUGGUCUGCACGUGAAGGCUUGCAUGGGGGUUCUGAGGGUGGGCGUCUCACGCAGCAGGCCUAGCAGGACGCUGGCUCGUUUCACCCUUGAUCUUCAGUGGCUCUGAGAAGCUUCCUAGAAAGUUCUAGUGAACAGUCUGUUGUUUCAAACGUCUAGAUUUGGCACCGUGGAGACCAUAUUCCUUACCCUGUAAGCUCUUGUCCCUCCUUUCCCCACUACCUCUUAUUUAUUUGGUGUUUGCUUGAAUGCGGGUGUUGGGUUGACCACAGGCUGGCCGGGCGGUGGUAACAGCUGCUCCCUGCAGGAGGCUUGGAGCAGUCGUGGGAGCGACCGGCCGCCCCAGCAGCUCUCGCUUGUGAGCUGCUGCGCCUCCUGCGUGGCACCGCCCUUGGGGUGCGUGCCUUGCCCGUGUGCACACACACCUCACCACGCCCACUUCUGCUCGCUGCAGCACAGAGGCUGUGACGGCCCCGAGAGUUUGUCUAGCGCUCAGGUGGCCGUGGCUCCUCAGCAGGAUGAGAUCUAGGCCUCCGCAGGACAGCAGCUGUCUCACGCUAGUCCAGCUUCCCUUGGUGGUCACGGCAGGGAGGAGAGAGUGGGGUGGACAAGGGCUCGCUUGCCUGUGGCUGCUGGGCUGCCCUGCAGGCACACGAGAGCUGACCCAUCAGGGCACUGCACGGUCAGCAGACGCUCCUGACGUGGGUGCCGGAAGACUGGGGAUUGCUGCCUGGUGCUCUGGUCUAGGCAAGGAGAGGCCUGGGAAGAGAGAGCCAGUGAGCUCGGUUUUGCCACUGCUGUUCUUCCAGUAGAAGGAGUAGAAGGCUGCAGCCAGCAAGAGGUGAAAGAAACUGCAAUGGUACGACUCUUACUGCAUUCAGACGUUCCAGCACGUGAGGGUUUUUCUUUCCUUUUCUUUUCUUUUCCUUUUUUUUUUUUUUUUUUUUUUUCAGCGUGGCAAAAAGUAUUCUAGCAUCCCCAACUGAAAGGAACUAGAGCACGCGAGAGUGCACAUGGCGAUACCGGCAGAAGAACUGUUCUGGCCGGGACUUCUGCCUGUGACUGACCGACUCCCAGCCUACAGCAAGGCUCGUCCCCAGCUGUGUCAGCUCGGGAGAGCCUGGCUGUAGCCUCUGGGUGUGCCGUGUGGAGUUGUCCCGAUGCCACACUUCUAAUUCAGCCUUGUCCAAAGGAAAGCUUCAAGCCCAGUACUUUCCAGGCUCCUGGUUCCGUUACCGAAGAGGAGCGUGAACCAAUCCAGAGGGAAAAGCACUCUUACAACCAGUGCUGAGUACUCUCCACGCCUCGCUCCUGGAGCGCUGUGCCACAGAACAAACACACCAGGCGCUCCACUCCUCUGCCUUAACUGGCAGGGGAAAGGAGGCAAGUGUGAGAAUUUUUUUUUUCUUUUUAAUGGGCGGAUUGUAGAAGUACAGGGAAGAAAGGCAGCACGGCAGAUGCCCCAAGGUGGGCGUGGAGGCCAUUGGAGCUCAGGGCCCACUGUAGGGCACUCAGCUAGGGCAGGCCCAGCUGAGCUCUCGGAAGCCGUGGGUUCUGUUCAAGGAGGGUUGGGGGGUAGGGAUCUGGAGUUAUGUUGGUUACCCAACCCCAGAUCUCAGGCUGCAGAGUCGGUGGGCGUUUGGUUUUGCCUUGAAAGUGAUCAGCUUGCCGAGAAUCAGUGGGUCAUCAGUCAUGCUGCAGCAAGUACUUUUAAGGAUGGAAAGGGAUAGUAGAGGGACUCACAGGGAGCUGGUCAGGCCCGGCAGAGGCGUGAGAGCGGUGUUACCGUGGGAAGGACUCCCAGGAGCCGGUCAGGCUGGCAAAGGCCCUAGAGCAAUUGGUGUCACAGGCAGAGCCUCGGAAAUGAUUAAGCAGCUUGGCGUUCGUGAAUGCUGGGGUUGGCUAGGCCUCCGUCGCCUGGUAGAGCCGCUCGGCCAGCCUGCACGACCUGCUCUGAUUCCCCGCGGCCCCAGGCCCUGAGGAGGCGGGCGUCUGCCUCUCGCACUGCGUGGGAUUUGUUUGGGAAGGGGCACUGCAGCCUCGGAGGUUGGGGCACGGGAAGCGGAGUUCCUGGCUCGACUCCAGGAAACGAGCACAUGGAUCUCGAUGAUAGCUUUCCUGUGGAUUUCAGAGCAGCUUUGACGGCUGCGCGGUAGCGUCUAUAGAGUAGUUGUGAUGGGAGAGGAAGUACGUGGUCACGUGCAGAAAGAAACCUGGAGCCCAGAGGUGGGCGGUCAGCGUCUUCCGUGGCCGCAGUCGGCCGUGAGCAGGAGUGUGUCGCUGAGGCCGGCUGACAGUUCUUCCGGAGGGGAAGCUGCCUGGCCGUCAGGGCGACGCCGCAGAGGUUCUGGUUAGGGUCUCUGACGCAGAGCUCCGUGCGAGCCCAUUUCUGUGAGGUGGCCGGGGGAGAUGGUCUGACGUUCCUGGGAAGGUCCUGGCAGCCACUGGCAAUGAGGAGGAUGAGCGCCUCCUGCUGCUCGCUGGGCAGAAGCCGAGCGUCAGGUCCCCACACGGGGUGCCCGGUGUUUCUGCCGAGGAAGACAGUUCUGGAGAUUGUGGAGAGAAGGAAGCGCGCGGUGUGGUAGGGGCCACGCAGCUCAGAGUCGCGAGUAGAACACAGGCGUGUGGUUCUGUGUGGGCGGCAGCCAGGGGGAAUGCCCACCAGUUGCCGGCACAUAGCGCUUGAAGCCAGGAAGGAGCGGCGUGGCAGCAGGAGCCGCGCCUGAAGAGGCUGGGUUUUCCUCAGGGAAGCUGCGGCGGGAGGAGGGUGGCAGGUGGAGCGAGGGCUCGGCCAGGGGCUCCGGUGGCGUCGGCACGCGGUCCGCCCUUGGCACUCGGAGAAGCCCGGUGCCCCGGGAGGGUCGGCCCUCCUGGUGUGCAGUGAGCCGGGCCGCACGCAUCUUCAUUCCCCGGCGUGCGUGUGUGCUGGGGACCGUUCCAGGCUGAGGAGGUCUGUGUGUCUGUUUACGCUCAGAGUCUGUGGACAGGAGCCCGCACCCCCAGCCCAGACCACUGGCAGUCAUUGGUUGCACUUGAUGAAGCUUUUCUUUGUAGGUUAAAAAAAAUGUAGGUCAAGGACUGGCCCUCAGCUGCUGCUGCGACCCUUGUCCCCUGUGGCUCCUUCCCUGUCCGUGACGGACGCGCCCAGGGCUUCUGCCCGCCAUCCUGCAGUCUGAAUGUGCGCUCCCCAGAGCAGAGUGGCUGCAGCUGCCCGGAGCCGCCAGAGAGCUGGGCGUCUGCACCCACGGCUGCGUUUGGCCCUGAGCUGAGUUAGUGAAGGCUGAAGAUCUUUCUCCCGCUUCCCAGGGCCACACAGUGACCCACCCCGUGGGCUGAGUAGGCUGGUGUGGCCGCCGGAAUAGCUCUUUGAGAAGAUACCCCAGGAGUCUGGCAUCCCCCAAGCCCCGCCUCCCCGCCCCCUCCCUAGCGCGUUCGGUAUGGACAGGAGGGUGGGGGCUCACCCGAGAGGCAGCCUGGCAUUUUGCACUAGGAAGAAUCAGUGAUCACUUAACUGAAGACGUCUGUGGACCACAAACACAUCAUGGAGGGACAGAUUUUGCUGCGACAUAAUCUAGUUUUAUAGCUCAAUCAUGGAUGAACCAUGUGGCUAACUUGCAGUUUAAAGGGGUCCCAUCAGUGACAAGAAACAUUUUUUAAACUGUUUUUAGUUAAAUUGGAGCAAGACAUCUCUUGUCAAAAGGCUUAAACUUUCCCGCCUCAGUCGUAAAAGCAUGUCAAACAAUCCACAUUAGACGCCAUAAAAAUGAACUGCAAGAGAAAAAUGGUACAAUCUUAGUGAAUGGGGAUUGUCCUUAGAAUGUUCUAAAAUGUCAAGGCAGUUGCUUGUGUUUAACUGUGAACAAAUAAAAAUUUAUUGUUUUGCACUACCCUGCUGUGUUGGCG